UCAAUACUGCAAUGGCAAUUGGCAAGAGGAGAUCCCCAGCGACCGUUCAUCAUGGGGCACAUUUGUGGCCAUCCGUGAGGACACACAGGCGAAGGUGCGCAAGCUCGUGGACGAAGUAGCCGGUCAGAACGACCUGGACCCUAGUAGCGUAGCUGGCAAG